AUGGUGGACAGGUUGAACGUGUCAGACAGGAGAGACCGUGUGUCGGUAGUCCAAUUCAGCAGAGAGCCAGAAGCCCAUUUCUAUCUUAACACGUACACAACAAAGGAGAGCGUUCUCAACACUGUUAGAGGUCUACGGCACAGAGGGGGGCGACCCCUCAAUACAGGAGCAGCUCUCCAGUAUGUGAGAGACAACGUCUUCACUGCCUCUUCCGGAAGCAGACGUCUAGAGGGUGUGCCUCAGUUACUGAUUUUGUUGAGUGGCGGAAGGUCGUUUGAUAACAUUGACAUGCCAGCCUCUUCCCUGAAGGAGCUUGGAGUCUUGACCUUCGCCGUAGGAUCAAGGGGCUCCGAUAGUAGAGAAUUGCAGAAGAUCUCAUAUGACCCUAGUUCUGCACUCUCAGUGACAGACUUUGCUAAUCUCCCCACUGUCCAAGAGCAGCUUUUCUCCAGAAUUAACACCUUGAGCCUGAAGCACAAAGGAGAGAUGUUGUUUUCCUGCUGGAUGGGUCAGAUGGCACACGCAGUGGGUUCCCUGCGAAUGAAGGACUUUGUGCUAAGAGUGAUGGAGAAGUUGAAUGUGGCUGAGGACAAAGACCGUGUUUCUGUAGUCCAGUUCAGCAGAGAUCCUGAGACACAUUUCUAUCUAAACACGUACACAAGAAAGGAUGACAUAGUGGACACGGUUAGUGUUCUGAGGCACAAAGGAGGAAGACCCCUGAACACGGGGGCGGCUCUCCAGUACGUUAGAGACAAUGUCUUCACUGCCUCCUCAGGCAGCAGACGACUAGAGGGUGUGCCACAAAUACUGAUCCUUCUGAGUGGCGCAAGGUCAUUUGACAAUGUUGAUGUCCCGGCCUCUGCUCUGAAAGAUCUGGGAGUCUUGAUAUUCACAAUAGGAUCACGAGGCUCCGACAGCAGAGAACUGCAGAAGAUUUCACAUGAGCCUAAAUACGCUCUGUCUGUGUCAGAUUUCACUGAGCUCCCAAAUGUCCAAGAGCAGCUUGUCAACACUGUAGAGGCUGUUUCUGUUCCCAUCACUCCGGCAUCACCAACUCCUACUGUUGAAUUUGACAUCAGCAGAAAGGAUGUUGUCUUCCUGCUGGAUGGUUCAGAUGGCACUAGGAAUGGAUUCCCAGCCAUGCUUGACUUUGUACAAAAAGUAGUUGAAAAACUCAACGUUGAGGAGAACAGGGACCGUGUUUCAGUGGUGCAGUACAGUAGAGAUCCUGAGACCCAUUUCUAUCUAAAUACUUACUCGGAAGAGACAGACGUCCUCGACACCAUCAAGACUCUAAGGCACAGAGGUGGCAGACCCCUCAACACUGGGUCAGCUCUUCAGUAUGUGAGAGACAAUGUCUUCACUUCCUCUGCUGGCAGUAGAAGUCAACAGGGUGUCCCUCAGAUUCUCAUUUUGCUCAGUGGAUCAAGGUCAAACGAUAAUGUUGAUACACCUGCCUCUGCUUUGAAAGAAAGUGGGGUCUUGAUUCUUGGUGUUGGCACCAGGAAUUCGAGCAGAGAGAUUCAGAGAAUUGUCAGUGAUCCUUCAUAUGCUCAGUCUAUUUCUGAGAUCUCUGACCUUCCCUCUGUCCAGCAGCAGUUUUUGUCCACUCUCGCAAGCACAGUUUCAUAUGUGACGCCGGUGAAACCUACAGUCAUAGUUGAGCCUGAAGCACAAAGGAGAGAUGUUGUUUUCCUGCUGGAUGGGUCAGAUGGCACACGCAGUGGGUUCCCUGCGAUGAAGGACUUUGUGCUAAGAGUGAUGGAGAAGUUGAAUGUGGCUGAGGACAAAGACCGUGUUUCUGUAGUCCAGUUCAGCAGAGAUCCUGAGACACAUUUCUAUCUAAACACGUACACAAGAAAGGAUGACAUAGUGGACACGGUUAGUGUUCUGAGGCACAAAGGAGGAAGACCCCUGAACACGGGGGCGGCUCUCCAGUACGUUAGAGACAAUGUCUUCACUGCCUCCUCAGGCAGCAGACGACUAGAGGGUGUGCCACAAAUACUGAUCCUUCUGAGUGGCGCAAGGUCAUUUGACAAUGUUGAUGUCCCGGCCUCUGCUCUGAAAGAUCUGGGAGUCUUGAUAUUCACAAUAGGAUCACGAGGCUCCGACAGCAGAGAACUGCAGAAGAUUUCACAUGAGCCUAAAUACGCUCUGUCUGUGUCAGAUUUCACUGAGCUCCCAAAUGUCCAAGAGCAGCUUGUCAACACUGUAGAGGCUGUUUCUGUUCCCAUCACUCCGGCAUCACCAACUCCUACUGUUGAAUUUGACAUCAGCAGAAAGGAUGUUGUCUUCCUGCUGGAUGGUUCAGAUGGCACUAGGAAUGGAUUCCCAGCCAUGCUUGACUUUGUACAAAAAGUAGUUGAAAAACUCAACGUUGAGGAGAACAGGGACCGUGUUUCAGUGGUGCAGUACAGUAGAGAUCCUGAGACCCAUUUCUAUCUAAAUACUUACUCGGAAGAGACAGACGUCCUCGACACCAUCAAGACUCUAAGGCACAGAGGUGGCAGACCCCUCAACACUGGGUCAGCUCUUCAGUAUGUGAGAGACAAUGUCUUCACUUCCUCUGCUGGCAGUAGAAGUCAACAGGGUGUCCCUCAGAUUCUCAUUUUGCUCAGUGGAUCAAGGUCAAACGAUAAUGUUGAUACACCUGCCUCUGCUUUGAAAGAAAGUGGGGUCUUGAUUCUUGGUGUUGGCACCAGGAAUUCGAGCAGAGAGAUUCAGAGAAUUGUCAGUGAUCCUUCAUAUGCUCAGUCUAUUUCUGAGAUCUCUGACCUUCCCUCUGUCCAGCAGCAGUUUUUGUCCACUCUCGCAAGCACAGUUUCAUAUGUGACGCCGGUGAAACCUACAGUCAUAGCGGAAAGAAGAAUGACCAGGAGAGAUGUAGUGUUCCUUUUGGAUGGUUCAGAUGGCACUAGGGAUUCUUUCCCUGCAAUGCGUGACUUUGUGCAAAGAAUGGUGGACAGGUUGAACGUGUCAGACAGGAGAGACCGUGUGUCGGUAGUCCAAUUCAGCAGAGAGCCAGAAGCCCAUUUCUAUCUUAACACGUACACAACAAAGGAGAGCGUUCUCAACACUGUUAGAGGUCUACGGCACAGAGGGGGGCGACCCCUCAAUACAGGAGCAGCUCUCCAGUAUGUGAGAGACAACGUCUUCACUGCCUCUUCCGGAAGCAGACGUCUAGAGGGUGUGCCUCAGUUACUGAUUUUGUUGAGUGGCGGAAGGUCGUUUGAUAACAUUGACAUGCCAGCCUCUUCCCUGAAGGAGCUUGGAGUCUUGACCUUCGCCGUAGGAUCAAGGGGCUCCGAUAGUAGAGAAUUGCAGAAGAUCUCAUAUGACCCUAGUUCUGCACUCUCAGUGACAGACUUUGCUAAUCUCCCCACUGUCCAAGAGCAGCUUUUCUCCAGAAUUAACACCGUACGCGAAGAGACCAAAACUGUCUCUCCAACCCAGAUAGUUGAGCCUGAAGCACAAAGGAGAGAUGUUGUUUUCCUGCUGGAUGGGUCAGAUGGCACACGCAGUGGGUUCCCUGCGAUGAAGGACUUUGUGCUAAGAGUGAUGGAGAAGUUGAAUGUGGCUGAGGACAAAGACCGUGUUUCUGUAGUCCAGUUCAGCAGAGAUCCUGAGACACAUUUCUAUCUAAACACGUACACAAGAAAGGAUGACAUAGUGGACACGGUUAGUGUUCUGAGGCACAAAGGAGGAAGACCCCUGAACACGGGGGCGGCUCUCCAGUACGUUAGAGACAAUGUCUUCACUGCCUCCUCAGGCAGCAGACGACUAGAGGGUGUGCCACAAAUACUGAUCCUUCUGAGUGGCGCAAGGUCAUUUGACAAUGUUGAUGUCCCGGCCUCUGCUCUGAAAGAUCUGGGAGUCUUGAUAUUCACAAUAGGAUCACGAGGCUCCGACAGCAGAGAACUGCAGAAGAUUUCACAUGAGCCUAAAUACGCUCUGUCUGUGUCAGAUUUCACUGAGCUCCCAAAUGUCCAAGAGCAGCUUGUCAACACUGUAGAGGCUGUUUCUGUUCCCAUCACUCCGGCAUCACCAACUCCUACUGUUGAAUUUGACAUCAGCAGAAAGGAUGUUGUCUUCCUGCUGGAUGGUUCAGAUGGCACUAGGAAUGGAUUCCCAGCCAUGCUUGACUUUGUACAAAAAGUAGUUGAAAAACUCAACGUUGAGGAGAACAGGGACCGUGUUUCAGUGGUGCAGUACAGUAGAGAUCCUGAGACCCAUUUCUAUCUAAAUACUUACUCGGAAGAGACAGACGUCCUCGACACCAUCAAGACUCUAAGGCACAGAGGUGGCAGACCCCUCAACACUGGGUCAGCUCUUCAGUAUGUGAGAGACAAUGUCUUCACUUCCUCUGCUGGCAGUAGAAGUCAACAGGGUGUCCCUCAGAUUCUCAUUUUGCUCAGUGGAUCAAGGUCAAACGAUAAUGUUGAUACACCUGCCUCUGCUUUGAAAGAAAGUGGGGUCUUGAUUCUUGGUGUUGGCACCAGGAAUUCGAGCAGAGAGAUUCAGAGAAUUGUCAGUGAUCCUUCAUAUGCUCAGUCUAUUUCUGAGAUCUCUGACCUUCCCUCUGUCCAGCAGCAGUUUUUGUCCACUCUCGCAAGCACAGUUUCAUAUGUGACGCCGGUGAAACCUACAGUCAUAGCGGAAAGAAGAAUGACCAGGAGAGAUGUAGUGUUCCUUUUGGAUGGUUCAGAUGGCACUAGGGAUUCUUUCCCUGCAAUGCGUGACUUUGUGCAAAGAAUGGUGGACAGGUUGAACGUGUCAGACAGGAGAGACCGUGUGUCAGUAGUCCAGUUCAGCAGAGAGCCAGAAGCCCAUUUCUAUCUUAACACGUACACAACAAAGGAGAGCGUUCUUAACACUGUUAGAGGUCUACGGCACAGAGGGGGGCGACCCCUCAAUACAGGAGCAGCUCUCCAGUAUGUGAGAGACAACGUCUUCACUGCCUCUUCCGGAAGCAGACGUCUAGAGGGUGUGCCUCAGUUACUGUUUUUCUUGAGUGGCGGAAGGUCGUUUGAUAACAUUGACAUGCCAGCCUCUUCCCUGAAGGAGCUUGGAGUCUUGACCUUCGCCGUAGGAUCAAGGGGCUCCGAUAGUAGAGAAUUGCAGAAGAUUUCAUAUGACCCUAGUUCUGCACUCUCAGUGACAGACUUUGCUAAUCUCCCCACUGUCCAAGAGCAGCUUUUCUCCAGAAUUAACACCGUACGCGAAGAGACCAAAACUGUCUCUCCAACCCAGAUAGUUGAGCCUGAAGCACAAAGGAGAGAUGUUGUUUUCCUGCUGGAUGGGUCAGAUGGCACACGCAGUGGGUUCCCUGCGAUGAAGGACUUUGUGCUAAGAGUGAUGGAGAAGUUGAAUGUGGCUGAGGACAAAGACCGUGUUUCUGUAGUCCAGUUCAGCAGAGAUCCUGAGACACAUUUCUAUCUAAACACGUACACAAGAAAGGAUGACAUAGUGGACACGGUUAGUGUUCUGAGGCACAAAGGAGGAAGACCCCUGAACACGGGGGUGGCUCUCCAGUACGUUAGAGACAAUGUCUUCACUGCCUCCUCAGGCAGCAGACGACUAGAGGGUGUGCCACAAAUACUGAUCCUUCUGAGUGGCGCAAGGUCAUUUGACAAUGUUGAUGUCCCGGCCUCUGCUCUGAAAGAUCUGGGAGUCUUGAUAUUCACAAUAGGAUCACGAGGCUCCGACAGCAGAGAACUGCAGAAGAUUUCACAUGAGCCUAAAUACGCUCUGUCUGUGUCAGAUUUCACUGAGCUCCCAAAUGUCCAAGAGCAGCUUGUCAACACUGUGGAGGCUGUUUCUGUUCCCAUCACUCCGGCAUCACCAACUCCUACUGUUGAAUUUGACAUCAGCAGAAAGGAUGUUGUCUUCCUGCUGGAUGGUUCAGAUGGCACUAGGAAUGGAUUCCCAGCCAUGCUUGACUUUGUACAAAAAGUAGUUGAAAAACUCAACGUUGAGGAGAACAGGGACCGUGUUUCAGUGGUGCAGUACAGUAGAGAUCCUGAGACCCAUUUCUAUCUAAAUACUUACUCGGAAGAGACAGACGUCCUCGACACCAUCAAGACUCUAAGGCACAGAGGUGGCAGACCCCUCAACACUGGGUCAGCUCUUCAGUAUGUGAGAGACAAUGUCUUCACUUCCUCUGCUGGCAGUAGAAGUCAACAGGGUGUCCCUCAGAUUCUCAUUUUGCUCAGUGGAUCAAGGUCAAACGAUAAUGUUGAUACACCUGCCUCUGCUUUGAAAGAAAGUGGGGUCUUGAUUCUUGGUGUUGGCACCAGGAAUUCGAGCAGAGAGAUUCAGAGAAUUGUCAGUGAUCCUUCAUAUGCUCAGUCUAUUUCUGAGAUCUCUGACCUUCCCUCUGUCCAGCAGCAGUUUUUGUCCACUCUCGCAAGCACAGUUUCAUAUGUGACGCCGGUGAAACCUACAGUCAUAGCGGAAAGAAGAAUGACCAGGAGAGAUGUAGUGUUCCUUUUGGAUGGUUCAGAUGGCACUAGGGAUUCUUUCCCUGCAAUGCGUGACUUUGUGCAAAGAAUGGUGGACAGGUUGAACGUGUCAGACAGGAGAGACCGUGUGUCUGUAGUCCAGUUCAGCAGAGAGCCAGAAGCCCAUUUCUAUCUUAACACGUACACAACAAAGGAGAGCGUUCUUAACACUGUUAGAGGUCUACGGCACAGAGGGGGGCGACCCCUCAAUACAGGAGCAGCUCUCCAGUAUGUGAGAGACAACGUCUUCACUGCCUCUUCCGGAAGCAGACGUCUAGAGGGUGUGCCUCAGUUACUGAUUUUGUUGAGUGGCGGAAGGUCGUUUGAUAACAUUGACAUGCCAGCCUCUUCCCUGAAGGAGCUUGGAGUCUUGACCUUCGCCGUAGGAUCAAGGGGCUCCGAUAGUAGAGAAUUGCAGAAGAUCUCAUAUGACCCUAGUUCUGCACUCUCAGUGACAGACUUUGCUAAUCUCCCCACUGUCCAAGAGCAGCUUUUCUCCAGAAUUAACACCGUACGCGAAGAGACCAAAACUGUCUCUCCAACCCAGAUAGUUGAGCCUGAAGCACAAAGGAGAGAUGUUGUUUUCCUGCUGGAUGGGUCAGAUGGCACACGCAGUGGGUUCCCUGCGAUGAAGGACUUUGUGCUAAGAGUGAUGGAGAAGUUGAAUGUGGCUGAGGACAAAGACCGUGUUUCUGUAGUCCAGUUCAGCAGAGAUCCUGAGACACAUUUCUAUCUAAACACGUACACAAGAAAGGAUGACAUAGUGGACACGGUUAGUGUUCUGAGGCACAAAGGAGGAAGACCCCUGAACACGGGGGCGGCUCUCCAGUACGUUAGAGACAAUGUCUUCACUGCCUCCUCAGGCAGCAGACGACUAGAGGGUGUGCCACAAAUACUGAUCCUUCUGAGUGGCGCAAGGUCAUUUGACAAUGUUGAUGUCCCGGCCUCUGCUCUGAAAGAUCUGGGAGUCUUGAUAUUCACAAUAGGAUCACGAGGCUCCGACAGCAGAGAACUGCAGAAGAUUUCACAUGAGCCUAAAUACGCUCUGUCUGUGUCAGAUUUCACUGAGCUCCCAAAUGUCCAAGAGCAGCUUGUCAACACUGUAGAGGCUGUUUCUGUUCCCAUCACUCCGGCAUCACCAACUCCUACUGUUGAAUUUGACAUCAGCAGAAAGGAUGUUGUCUUCCUGCUGGAUGGUUCAGAUGGCACUAGGAAUGGAUUCCCAGCCAUGCUUGACUUUGUACAAAAAGUAGUUGAAAAACUCAACGUUGAGGAGAACAGGGACCGUGUUUCAGUGGUGCAGUACAGUAGAGAUCCUGAGACCCAUUUCUAUCUAAAUACUUACUCGGAAGAGACAGACGUCCUCGACACCAUCAAGACUCUAAGGCACAGAGGUGGCAGACCCCUCAACACUGGGUCAGCUCUUCAGUAUGUGAGAGACAAUGUCUUCACUUCCUCUGCUGGCAGUAGAAGUCAACAGGGUGUCCCUCAGAUUCUCAUUUUGCUCAGUGGAUCAAGGUCAAACGAUAAUGUUGAUACACCUGCCUCUGCUUUGAAAGAAAGUGGGGUCUUGAUUCUUGGUGUUGGCACCAGGAAUUCGAGCAGAGAGAUUCAGAGAAUUGUCAGUGAUCCUUCAUAUGCUCAGUCUAUUUCUGAGAUCUCUGACCUUCCCUCUGUCCAGCAGCAGUUUUUGUCCACUCUCGCAAGCACAGUUUCAUAUGUGACGCCGGUGAAACCUACAGUCAUAGCGGAAAGAAGAAUGACCAGGAGAGAUGUAGUGUUCCUUUUGGAUGGUUCAGAUGGCACUAGGGAUUCUUUCCCUGCAAUGCGUGACUUUGUGCAAAGAAUGGUGGACAGGUUGAACGUGUCAGACAGGAGAGACCGUGUGUCGGUAGUCCAGUUCAGCAGAGAGCCAGAGGCCCAUUUCUAUCUUAACACGUACACAACAAAGGAGAGCGUUCUCAACACUGUUAGAGGUCUACGGCACAGAGGGGGGCGACCCCUCAAUACAGGAGCAGCUCUCCAGUAUGUGAGAGACAACGUCUUCACUGCCUCUUCCGGAAGCAGACGUCUAGAGGGUGUGCCUCAGUUACUGAUUUUGUUGAGUGGCGGAAGGUCGUUUGAUAACAUUGACAUGCCAGCCUCUUCCCUGAAGGAGCUUGGAGUCUUGACCUUCGCCGUAGGAUCAAGGGGCUCCGAUAGUAGAGAAUUGCAGAAGAUCUCAUAUGACCCUAGUUCUGCACUCUCAGUGACAGACUUUGCUAAUCUCCCCACUGUCCAAGAGCAGCUUUUCUCCAGAAUUAACACCGUACGCGAAGAGACCAAAACUGUCUCUCCAACCCAGAUAGUUGAGCCUGAAGCACAAAGGAGAGAUGUUGUUUUCCUGCUGGAUGGGUCAGAUGGCACACGCAGUGGGUUCCCUGCGAUGAAGGACUUUGUGCUAAGAGUGAUGGAGAAGUUGAAUGUGGCUGAGGACAAAGACCGUGUUUCUGUAGUCCAGUUCAGCAGAGAUCCUGAGACACAUUUCUAUCUAAACACGUACACAAGAAAGGAUGACAUAGUGGACACGGUUAGUGUUCUGAGGCACAAAGGAGGAAGACCCCUGAACAUGGGGGCGGCUCUCCAGUACGUUAGAGACAAUGUCUUCACUGCCUCCUCAGGCAGCAGACGACUAGAGGGUGUGCCACAAAUACUGAUCCUUCUGAGUGGCGCAAGAUCAUUUGACAAUGUUGAUGUCCCGGCCUCUGCUCUGAAAGAUCUGGGAGUCUUGAUAUUCACAAUAGGAUCACAAGGCUCCGACAGCAGAGAACUGCAGAAGAUUUCACAUGAGCCUAAAUACGCUCUGUCUGUGUCAGAUUUCACUGAGCUCCCAAAUGUCCAAGAGCAGCUUGUCAACACUGUAGAGGCUGUUUCUGUUCCCAUCACUCCGGCAUCACCAACUCCUACUGGUAUGACUGCGUGA